CGGAAAAGGGAAACAAUUGUAGUCGCAAAGAAAGAGCAGCCUUCCAUGACCAACUGCACCGUGACAACACAAGUACUUGACCCAACAAGAAAACAGAUAUCUGAAGUGUCCUCCAUUGUCCCCAACGAUGCAUGGCCGUGUGAAGGUUAAAACUACCGCCCAGCAGGAGGAGGAGAAAAAGAAAGAGCGGGAGAAGAAGCUGAAGAUCUACGUCGCUGCACGUGAUGCCUGCUUUUCAAAGAGAAAAGAUGGAAUAUUUGAUGACGAGGCUCUUCAGCUUACUCAGCAGCUGCUUUCAUCCAACCCUGACUUUGCAACGCUCUGGAACUACAGGAGAGAAAUCUUAAUGCACCUGGAAACUGUCAGAGAUGAGAACGAGGUGCAGAAAAUCUACCAGGCCGAGCUGUUCUUCCUGGAAUCUUGCCUUAAAGUGAAUCCAAAGUCUUACGGCAGCUGGCACCACCGGGGCUGGGUCUCAGCUCGUUUACCUCAACCGGACUGGGCCAGAGAGUUGGGUCUGUGUGAUCGCUGCUUGAGUCUUGACGACCGCAACUUCCACUGCUGGGAUUAUCGUCGGAUGGUUGUGAAGAUGUCUGGGGUGCCUGUGGAGAAGGAGCUGGAGUUCACUGACCGUCUCAUAGGCUCCAACUUUUCGAAUUAUUCCAGCUGGCACUACCGCAGCACCCUCCUACCACUGCUCCACCCGGAGUGUCCUGACCAGACGUCAGCACGCUGUGAGCCGCCUCAGCCCUCCUCUCAACCUUCUCCUCAAACCCACUUUCAUCGAGUGUGUGAGGAGCAGCUACUCAAAGAAUACGAGCUGGUUCAAAAUGCUUUUUUUACUGACCCCAAUGACCAGAGCGCUUGGUUCUACUAUCGCUGGCUGUUAGGCAGAGCUGAGCGGGAAGAGAUGAUCAGCUGUGUGUAUGUCGGUCGGGAGGAGGAAAGAGUCGCUGUUGCUUUCUCCACACCUGUCAGUGUCCUGUCAGUCGGCCUGCUCCUGAUCGUGGACGGUCAGCCUCAGCGAGUGGAGUGGCGCAGCGUCCACCCUCACUUUAAACACAGCCCUGUCUGGAUCUGCGAUCUCCCUCCUGGAACGAUCAGCGACACUUCCAAUGAGCACAAUCUGACCGUGCACUGGACUGAGAGACACACUCACAAGGACUGUGCCCUCUACACAGGUCGAGCUGAAAGUUGGUGUCGGGACACGGCCACAGAUCAAGAGCUGUUCAGGAGUGAGCUCUCAGUAGAGAAGACCUCAGUGCUGCAGUCGGAGCUCCUAUCAGUCCACCAGCUACAAGAACUGGAGCCACUUAAUAAAUGGUGCUUGCUGACCAUUAUCCUCCUGAUGAGGGCACUAGAUCCUCUCGGAUACGAGAAGGAGACACUUGCUCACUUCCAGACACUCAAAGAGGUGGAUUCCAAGCGCUCUGCAUAUUACAGCGACCUGUGCAGCAAGUUCAUGAUUGAAAACACCAUUCUGAAAAUGGAGUACGCAGAAGUGCGAGUCUUCAGCAUCUCUGAGCAGAACCUGACCAUAUUAUGUCACCUGGACCAGCUGUUACUGGUCACCCAUAUCAAUCUGUCCUCCAACCAGCUGCAGCGGCUGCCUCCUCAGUUUGCCAUGCUGCAGUGCUUGGAGGUUUUAGAAGCUGAUGAUAACGUCAUAGAAAGCCUAGAGGGAGUUUAUCGCCUUCCUAAACUUGAAGAAGUCUCCUUGAAGAACAACAAAAUCUCAGCGCUGGCAGAUCUUCAGCCACUGGCCUCCUGCCCCAAGCUAAAGCGCCUUGAUCUCCGUGGCAACCCCAUCACUCAGAUGGCGGGCGUGGAGUCGCAGCUCGAGGAGCUGCUGCCCUCAGUCACGGACCUCCUGCUCUGAUGAGGCGCAGGGCAGGAAGCACUGCCCAUCAUCGGUCUGUCCAUCAGUCCUCUGCUGGAUUUGGAGCAACUCUGUGCGAAUGUGUGAGCAAGUGUGUGUUUUGUGCCUCUGCGUGUCUUGUUCCAGGUAACGUCGGUCACAGAGACUCUGAACAGCCUGAAGUCUUCAGAGCACACAUCAGACACGACUUCAAUCUGCAGCUCAAGUGUGUUAGAGCGAGUACGUAAUAACGAACGUUGCGUUCUGUUGUGUGUUUGUAUGGAUGUCCUGUGUCCCAGUGCAUGCAGAAAUAUGAAGGAGGUGGAACUUGGACCUGGACUGGUGAAAAGCCAGUCCGUGGGUUUGACUUGUUGCAUCUCUGAGCUUCAACCGUGAAAUCUGGAAAAGAAAAGUUCAAACAGGUUGAUCAAAGCUUCUUGUCACUUCAGUCGAAGCUUUGAUGACAUUGAUUGGCUUGGUGUCACAUGACGUCACAGAUCCAGUAAUAAACAGCGCACAUGUGUCACUGCC